AGAGGACCCGCGGCUGAAUGAUGUCAUUGACGAAGUCACACUGGAUCGCAAAAAGGCGACGGACUUUCAGAAAUAUCGUAGAUGGUUCUGGCCUGACAUUGACGAGGAAUGCUACCGUGAGUGCUGCUCACGCGAAGAAGUUGAUGAGCACUUUUCUACGAGUAACGCAGUAAGCAUGACAAAUUUUCAUAUCAAUUAAACGUGGAUGCUAGCCUAUAUUAGAAUGCUAGAGUAUAGGGGCUGGAGAGGGUGGGGCAUAGGGCAACAUGUGCCUUGCAACUUAAUUAAAUCAUCCUUUUUCUGGAAAUUAACGAAAAUCAUUUGUAAUGUCAAGCAUGUUCUAGCUAGGUAUUCUUUAUUUUGCCAUUACAGUUUUUGUUACUUUAUUAUUUUUGUGUUGUUAAAAAAUACGCGCAAUAAUGAUGUAGUAAAUUAAUAAAGUUCUGUUCUCAUCACGUUUUAUGCAUGGCAAAACAUAUAGUCUAUAUUCAAAACAUGAAUUUUUCUUCGAAUAUUCUUUUUUCCAACUUCCCUGCACCCCACAACCAUACUUUACGCUCGACAUUUCUUUUCUUUGGAAGCCUACAUUGCAUUCCUACCUCCAUUUCUUUAUAACCAUGCAAAUAUUACAUUGGGUUAAAUCACCGUUUGUAUUGUGUUGUAUUCGGUUGUAUUAUUCUUAUGUUUCAUUGUUAUUAUUUCAUUACACUGUAUUAUAUUGUAUUAUUAUAUAGCAAACAUCACUUCCGGUGAAAUUGCGCACUGUAAUUGGUCGAGAAGCACUUUAUGUAAUGGAGCGGCGGUCCAUUACGUAAAAACAAACACAAGUAUUUUAAAACAAAACAGCAAAACUAACUGAAAAAUAAAUUAUUUUUUUAUUAAUAAGAUAUCUGCGAAUGGUUUUAAGUGGAAAGGAAGGAUACGUUGGUAAUUUUUGUUUUCUUCGACCAAAUGUGUACCACGCUACUAAUAUGCAUUUCAAAUCAUGUAUUUCUUGUUUGUUUCAAGUGUAAAUGCCAUUGAAUGCCAUAUAAUAAACUUUUUAUUAACCACGCUUGCUCGGUCUUUACAGAGAAAUAUCGGACAUCGGUCUUUUUGUACAAACCUCGUCCUACGGGUUCGUUCUGUACAAAAAGACCUCGGUCCGAUAUUUCACUGUAAAGACCUCGCGCUUGGUUAAUAUAAGAUGUUAUUAUUGCACUAUAGUCAGCUCUCUGUGUUCCAUUACAUUGCGUUAUAUCACAUGUACAUUGCACUUUAUUGGAUUAUUCCAUCCGCUUCACUGUACUACAUCGCAUUGCAUUGCAUUGCAUCGCAUUGUCUGGAUUACUUUGGAUGGCAUUAUAUUGUCACAUAUAUUGUGUUGGAUAUUUGCAACAAUAAAUUUAAAACAAUUCUUUUAUCUAAGGAUGUCUAUUGGAAGAACUACCAAAAGUGGCGCAAAACGUCCCAUUCACAUUGUUAAGCCGAUGGUGUAUACACGGGAAAUGUUGAAAAGGUAGCAAGCAAAUGUUAAUGUUAAUGGUAUAUAUACAUAAAGAAAAUUAUAAAAUCAACCUGCAGUCAUUGCCAGGAUCCGGCAUUUUAUAAAGAGUUCUUAAAUUAAUUUAUUAUACAUUAGUUGAUCUAUCAAUAUCUUAUUUACGGUAAGCUAAUAUGGGGUAACAUUCAUACAAAAAGAGAUAGAACACAAAAAUUAGUAAACAUUCAGAAAAAGAUUAUUCGUUUAAUGACGUUUAACUCUUACUUUGAACAUACCGAACCAAUAUUUAAGGAGUUAAAAAUACUAAUGAUUAGCAAUACUACAUGGUCUAAGCCGAGAAAAUCAAAGCUGAAGUUUAUGUAAAUCAGGACAAAUCUUUGUCCGAUCUACAGGGUGUCCAAAAAACCCCAAAACUAUUGAAAUAUAUGCGUAUUGAAAUAUGCGUGAAAGAUGCGUAAAAUAUUGACAAGGAUGCAUAUAUUAAAUAUUGACUUAUUAAGAAAUUAAAAUAUCUUUGUAAAGCGCACGACUUUCUGCUCUUGGGAAUUUAAAACAGCUUCUUGAACGGCUUCUUUACGCAUAAAAUUUACUUACGUCAAGCUUUGAUGCACGUGUGGGUUCAGCAGAGUUGCUGAUCGAGGCAUUCAAAUUCUAAAAAUAUAUUAUUUCAUUAGUUUUGGGGUUUUUUGGGACACCAUGUACAAACAUUUCUUUUGUAUUUUCCUGAUGAAUUAUUAAUGAGUUUGAUACCGUAUUAAAUUUGUUAUGGUUUUAUUUAUAGAAUACUUGAUGACGAUUAACGGAUUUUCCAAGGAAUAUCUUACUUAAAUAUAUUAACUACAAAUAGAAAACGAGAAAACAUAAUUAUGCUUACUUACAAGCUUAGUAGUUUUAGAACUGAUUUCUGAAGAUAUAUAAUUGCCGCAUUAUUUCUGGUGUCCUUAAUUGUUAGAUGUUUCUGAAAGUAAUUAUUAAUUCACGACAUACGCAUGGAAUCGGGGUUAAUUUAAUAUGGUCAUGGUAUGAACUACUCACCAAAUUUUAAAGAUGAUGUCCACUCCUGUGCGCAUGUGCGAACUUUGUUUACGUUUUGAACUGCUAUUAUAAACACCGCGGAAAAACGCAAAGAAUUGUGUGUUCCAAUGCGCGCACGAUACUGCUCAAUUGAUAUUCUUAUAAUAACAAUAUUAAUUUAAUAAACUAGCACUAGACAAAAAUCACCAUAACGCAAUGCUCAACAAAACGCUAUUUAUUGCGUUGGUUUUAGAGGCAUAGAUCGAGCAACGGAGCAAGAUGAUGCAUAUUUCAGGAGGGGGAAUGCCUUUGUACUAUUGAGGGAG